ACGUAUAGUAAAUAUAUAACCUCUUCCAAGAGUUUUUAUUUGAUAUUCGGGUAAUGUACCGGAUUCUAACUCAAGUGUUCUUUUUCAUUAAAUUAUACGUUAGAGGAUAUAAUUUUUUAAAUACCAUAUAAAUCUAAUUAUUCAAUAUCUUUAUGAGAAAAAAUGACUCUUUACCAUUUCGGAAAUUGUGUAGCACUAGUUUAUGUACCAUAUUAUUUAACUUAUAAAUACUCUGGACUCUCUGAAUAUGGAGCAUUUUGGAAAUGUAUCCAAGCAGGUGGUAUUUAUAUAUUCACUCAACUUGUUAAAAUGUUAGCACUUGCAACAUUUUUUCCCACAUCUGAUAAUACAGGUCAAGAAGGAUUUGAUAUUCUUGGGGAAUUUUUAAAGUACUCAAUAGAUUUGGCCGAUCUUGUGGGAAUGUUAAUUGUAUUGAAUGGAAUUCCUGGUAAAGGGCAUGCUAAAGUUCUAACAGCAGGUAUUGGUUGGGCUGGAGCUGAAGUUCUUUUAACAAGAUUUCUUUUGUUAUGGGUUGGAGCAAGAGGAGCUGAAUUUGAUUGGAAAUAUAUUCAAAAAAGUCUUGAAUCUAAUAUACUGUUAGUUCAACAUAUUACUACUUCGACGUUAGUGUGGUUGUGGUCCCGACAUGAUUUAAAAAAAAGUUUUGUUCCAUUAGUUGUAUUUAUGCUUCUCUUGACUAUCUAUAGGCCAUUAAUUUUAGAUUUAUUAAUGUCAUUAUUACUUGCUGGUCCGUGGUCUUCAUUAUUAAUUAAAGCAGUAACAACUCUUGUCAUUGGAAGUGUAACUCUUCAUAUUUAUGUAGGUCUUGCACAAGCUAUUGGAAUAUUUUAAAAUUAUUGUUAAUUUAUGGGAAAAAAUAGAUCAUUUUUUGAAUAAAUGAAUUUAUAAUAAU